AUGGAUACUCCAGACUUUACAAUCCCCGACGACGACCUCGUCAACGACACACCCAGCGAGCAUGUCCCGAAGGCCAAGAAGACUCGUCGCAGCCGCUACGACCCAGAGCCCGACUGGUCAGCCAUGGUGCGAGCCAAGGUCACGAAGUCCCACAGUCGUGUCGGUCAGGCCUGUGAUCGUUGCAAGCUCAAGAAGAUGAAGUGCACGCCCGAUCUUGGAGGCUGCGCUUGUUGCCUGAUCCUUAACAUCCCAUGCAAAGUCACUGACCGUGUCACCGGUGAGACCUGGGUGCGUGGUGAGGCUGGGCAAAUGCGGGCCCUUAUUGAGAGUCUCACGAAACAGACCGAGGACCUGAAGGAGCAGAUCACACAGCUUCAGCAGAAGAACGCACAGCUACAGGACUGUCUCGACGGUUCCUACAGAGCCAAUCUCAUGGAUCACUACGAGUCGGACCUUGACCCCAGAAAUCACCAUAGUCUACUGUGA